AUGAGCGAACGCAGGCAGCUACCCGAUCGUGUGCUCCUUUCAAUGAUCCCACGUACGCGACUCUACACAUCGCACCCUGCAUUGCAGCGACGUGCAUUGCUUGUACGCUCUCAUUCGGGGCAACGGACGUCAUUCGCAACUUCAGCACGGCGAUUGGUGGAAGAAGCAGCUACAGCAGCAGGUGGCAAUGUCGAAGAGCAAACGGCUAUGCUUUACUUGGAUAAUGUCUUUCCUUUGAGAGUGGGCAUCUUGGAUAUCCGUCAGUGGUUUUUCCGUAAUACGAUGGCUUGCAUGGAUCGUGUUCUUCCAUCACCCGAGCUGAUACCCCAUGGCUUUAAGAUCAAGCGUAUAGAGCCACGUAUCAAGGAUGGUGGCGCGGUUGUCGAGUUUGCAUUCAACAGCAAGGCGGAAGACAAGAAGCGGAUUGCAUAUGACAUUGUUGAAAAGGUUUCCGAGAAUCUCAAGAAUCACCGUGCAUCCUUCAACAUGCAGCCGAUUCGCACUUUUUUGGUCAAAGGGGAGCCAUUUUAUGAGGACAUGGUAGCACGAUAUCCAUCACCCCGAUUGCGUAUCGAAUUCCAAGGCGAGCCUGUCACUGUGGAAAGGCUUUACAAGCACCUACGCAAAUAUGGCCGCAUUUAUGAUAUCGCCGUCUAUCCCAAUCCUUACACCAGCAAGGAUCCACCUCGAUACGCCAUUGCUCAAUUCACUCGUAUUCGUUCUGCUACAAGUGCACGUAAUUGUUUGCAUGGUCAUUUUAUUCAAGGCCAACGUAUCAACAUUUUGUAUGAGCGACAAUUGCGUACCAAUGUUGUCAAAGAAUGGAUCAUGGAGCAUCCACGUAUCACGGUGCCAAUUGGAGCAGCCCUGUUAGCCGGUUUGACCUACUCGGUGUUUGAUCCCAUGCGAGAAUUCUUUAUUGCAUCCAAAGUCACUCAGCGAUUCAAUCCUGAAGAAUACGCACUUUACAGGUGGUUACGGCGUGAGACAUGGGCAAGAUUGGUGCAACCCGAUCGUUCCUUGACCGAGUCAGCAGCAUCUUCUGUAUGGGCACAGGAUCAAGAAAAUAUGGACAAGUUGCGAACAUGGUUGAGAGAAGAUCCAGAAACCUUUAUUGUGAUAUCUGGUCCCAAGGGUAGUGGCAAAUCAUCAGUGGUCAAUGCUACGACUGCUAAUCGCCGCAACAAGAUCACCAUUGAUUGUGAAGAACUCGCCAAUACGCGCAAUCAAACUGAAAUGACAUUGGCUCUUGCUAAGCAACUCGGCUAUUUCCCAGUGUUCACAUGGAUCGCAUCAUUGAGCAAGCUAUUGGAUACACUUGUCACUGCCACGACGGGUCAAAAUGCUGGAUUGGCAUCAUCACCCCAUGCACAGAUCAAAAAGAUCCUCGAGACAACAGCCGUGGCACUCCGUGAAAUCAUGCCUGAGGAUGAAGAUGAUGAGGAUGGCUACAAAAAGAACAGCAUUUGGAAAGCAAUUCAGCGCUGGUGGGAGCAUGAGGACAAAAAGAAUGCACGAGAGAGUGGGGUCGAAUUCAAAAACAUCGAUCCACGUGAGGAGAUCCCUGUCGUUGUGAUUGACAACUUUUUGUGUCGCGAUACGCCCAAGCAAGAACAGCUGUGGAAUGAGCUUGCCGACUUUGCUGGUCUAUUGGUGGAGAAUGAAGUGGCCCAUGUCGUCUUUGUUACAUCCAAUGUGGGCGUCAACAAGAUUCUUACCAAGGCAUUGCCAGGCAAAAGCUUUGAGACAGUACAGCUAUCAGAUGUACCACCCGAAGUAUCAUUGAAUUUUAUCGCCAGACAACUUGGCCAAGAAAAAGUGGAUCCCGAUUUGCGAAAGAUUGUGGAAUCACUUGGAGGGCGCUUGACCGAAUUGGAGUUAUUUGUACAACGACUCAAAAUGAACAUGGAGCCCACUGCUGCAUUUGAGGAUAUUGUGCAACGAAAUGUAGUCGAAAUCCGCAAAUACGGCUUCAAUGAAGGCGCUGAAAAUGAGCUCGAGGAUGUCAAGGUGGAGUGGACAGGUAUCCAAUUCUGGCAAAUUGUCAAGGCCCUUUCAGAAUCCAAGAGCAUCAACUAUGAUGAGCUUAAAUGGAGUCCCUUCUUCAAAGGACAAGAUAAACCACUAUGGGCCAUGGAGCGGGCUGAGAUCAUUACGAUCUUUCAUAAAAAUGGACGUCCUAAUUCGGUCAGACCCGGGAAGCCCAUCAUGUAUACUGUGUUUGAUCGAUUGGUUGCCGAUACCGUAUUCAAUGCAUCGAUGGAAAUCGAGUCUCAACAAUUCCUAAAGAGCAGCACUGAAGAGUCAUUAGCCAAGCUGCAGGACACAGUUAUUCAAUUGUCAAGGGUCUACAAUGGAAAGCCACCCAAAGAAUUUGACACGCGCAUUCGAUAUUUGCUGAGCAAGAUUGGCAAGAUGCAAAAGGAUAUUGAAACAUACGAGAAAAGUAUAGCUGAUAAUAAGAAGUUACUGGUUACCUCGUGGGAGGAUGCAUCGUAUUGA